GCCAUGGCUGCCGCCCGCCGCCGGGGCUACUAAGUAGGUGCAGGGGUACUGUUCUCCGCUGCGGCUCCCCGGCCGCCCUGUCCGCGGGCGGGUGGCGCAUGGGUCUCCUCCGAGGCGCGCCCCCAUGCGCUCGGGCCAUGGCGCGUCUGUGCGCUGUGCGCUCCCACUACUGCGCGCUGCUGCUGGCCGCGGCGCUUGCCGUCUGUGCCUUCUACUACCUCGGCUCCGGCCGGGAGACCUUCUCCAGCGCCACCAAGAGGCUGAAGGAGGCCCGCGCCGGAGCCCCCGCCGUGCCCUCGCCGCUGGUGCCGGAGCUGGCGCAGGGCUCCGUGGCGCCGGCCCCGGGCGCUAAGGCCAAGAGCCUGGAGGGCGGCGGGGCCGGGCCGGUGGACUACCACCUGCUGAUGAUGUUCACCAAGGCGGAACACAAUGCCGUUCUGCAGGCCAAGGCCCGCGUCGCGAUCCGCUCCCUGUUGCGCCUCGCUAAGUUCGAGGCGCACGAGGUGCUUAACCUGCACUUCGUGAGCGAGGGGGCCAGCCGCGAGGUGGCCAAGGCCCUGCUGCGGGAGCUGCUACCGCCCGCCGCCGGCUUCAAGUGCAAGGUUGUCUUCCAUGAUGUCGGUGUGCUGACGGACAGGCUCUUCCCCGUCGUGGAGGCCAUGCAGAAGCACUUCAGUGCCGGCUCCGGGACCUACUACAGCGACUCCAUCUUCUUCCUUUCAGUGGCCAUGCAUCAGAUCAUGCCCAAAGAGAUCCUGCGGAUAAUUCAGCUGGACCUAGACCUAAAGUACAAGACCAACAUCCGGGAAUUGUUUGAGGAGUUCGAUAACUUCCUGCCCGGUGCUGUCAUUGGCAUAGCAAGGGAGAUGCAGCCAGUGUACAGGCACACAUUCUGGCAGUUCCGUCAUGAGAACCCCAAGACCCGGGUCGGGGGCCCUCCCCCUGAGGGGCUCCCCGGCUUCAACAGCGGGGUGAUGCUGCUCAACCUGGAGGCCAUGCGCCAGUCCCCACUGUACGGCCGCCUGCUGGAGCCAGCACAGGUGCAGCAGCUGGCCGACAAGUACCGCUUCCGGGGUCACCUCGGGGACCAGGACUUCUUCACCAUGAUCGGCAUGGAGCACCCAGAGCUCUUCCACGUGCUGGACUGUACCUGGAACCGGCAGCUUUGCACCUGGUGGAGGGACCAUGGCUACAGCGAUGUCUUCGAUGCCUACUUCCAGUGUGAGGGCCACGUCAGGAUCUACCACGGGAACUGCAACACCCCUAUCCCAGAGGCCUAGGCACCUCUCGGACAGGCCCGGGGCAGUGUCUGAACUCCUAGAGAGACACUGCAGGGACGUCCUUGUGACCAGGUGCUGCAGCUCUCCCAGCACGUGUCGCUGUCCUGAAGCCAUCCAAUGACGACUGGACCCUUUGCCCCCACUGGUGCUAUGGACCCUCUGCCUCCAGGGGCCAGGCGUCAUGAAGGACAAACACAUAGACCUCCUCCGGUGGGCUAGGAAGCAAGCAUUUGAAAAGAAGGAAGAAAAACAAAACGGUGCCCCUUGCCUUCAGCCCCCAAAGAAUGGAAAUCCUUUUAAGAACUGGGCUUUCUUAGACCAAAUAUAAACUUAUUUUAAAUCGACAGGCGAGACAGCAAACAGUACUGCUGUGGCUCCCAGUGGGCGCUAAAUGCGUGAGCCGGGGUUCUAACAACCAGCCCAGGGUUUAAGCAUCCAAAGGAAUGCUGGCCUUCCACACGCGCAUCCUAGGAGGCUGCGUGGUUAGUCUCACGAGGCUCGUGGCGCCUGGUGGAGAUGUAAAGAUCCCACCUCUUUGGGGAGGGCCCUCAGCAGCACCUGGGGCCCACAUAAGAAAACUGGUCUCAUUAUUUUAACCUUCACAGCAUUUACCUCCCAACUGCAUCACAGAACCUCAUUAUCCCUUAUUCAUCUGAUCCAGCUCCAGGUGACCAGACUCUGCUCUGAAAUCAAAUCUGCCAUCAAAGAAGAGAUUGGCCACCCGCAAGGACAGGUGAUGGAAUUGUCUGGAUUGGGAAGACUCAUUCCAAAGAGGAGCCCAGCAGUGCCCUAGUGUAACCAUGCAGCUUGGAAGGGGUGUCGCUCUUAGACUUAUAAGCAUUCUAGUCUCUUUAUUUGGAAGAAUCGUCCUUGUGACUUUAUUGCACCAGGUCAGACCCUAUACCUUACAAGAAAUUAGGCUGUCAUUACUUGAUUUCUGCUUUAAUGAGUUCUCCUGUAAGUGAGCUACAAACACGAAGCCUCUAUUGGUCCAUUUUGUAUCAUCCGCCUGAGGUCCUUGGGGAAGAAGUGUUGUUGGAUUUUCAUCUUAUUUCAAUUUCAUUUAUUUUUUUCCACCAUGAGUGAGAAUAGCUAAUAAAUAAUCUUUGAGAACACAAUGAUUUAUGCUGUUUGCUCUCUGAUCACAGUUUCCCGCUACCUGAAGGAUCUGAAUCAAGAGUGUGAUCGAUGUCAUUCAGAGUUUCCCUCCCCACGUGAUUAAGCUAAUAAGUGUGCUCACAGUGGGUCUUUGGGGCCUAAGGGGGACCACGUCUGAGAAGGUUAUAUUGGGCUCAAAAUGGAGAAUCAUUUCAUUUCAGGUAUUGACAGGCCAGUCUAAUUCUGGGAGCAAAACCCACCACCGCAUCCCUUCUCAUCUGCUUACCCCAAGUGUCCGCCUACAUCAUCCCCUGAUGAAACGGAACACAUGUCUCUACUCUCAGCUCUGACAGAACAGGUCUGUCCUCUUAGGGACCUGAUUUCCUAUUUAUUGCUACCAAUCAUUUUUUUUUUUUUUAGUGGUUUUUGAGAGAUGGCCAUCUUAUUUAUUUACUACUUUAUUUAUUUAUUUAUUGGCUGUGUUGGGUCUUUGUUGCUGCGUGCAGGCUUUCUCUGGCUGCAGUGAGUGAGGGGCUACUGUUUGUUGCAGUGCGUGGGCUUCUCACUGCGGUGGCUUCUCUUGUUGCGGAGCAUGGGCUCUGGGUGCACGGGCUUCAGUAGUUGUGGCUCGCGGGAUCUAGAGCACAGGCUCAGUAGUUGUGGCGCACGGGCUUAGUUGCUCCGUGGCAUGUGGGACCUUCCCGGACCAGGGAUUGAACCUGUGUCCCCUGCACUGGCAGGCGGAUUCUUAACCACUGCGCCACCAGGGAAGUCCAAUUGCUACCAAUUAUUGAAUGUCUGCUGUGUGCCAAGCAUUGUAUUAUGUGUGACAGUGACACACUAUCACUGAUACUUGUGAAAACCUCAUUAAGGUAAUUCAGCUUCUAAAAUUUAUUGUAACAAAAUAAGAGAUGUGGGCAGAGUCACUGUUUAUCACAGCCUUUUUAUAAUAGAAAAAAAUUGGGAGCAACAAAAUGUUGAAUAGGGGAGUGGAUAAAUAAUGUGUGUUACAGCCGUAUAAUGGAAUACUUUAGGCAUUAAAAAUCAUACUUUUGAAAAAUGCCUUGGAAAAUGCUUAUAAUAUGCUAUUAAGUAACGAAUGCAAAAUACAAUAUUAUAU